GAUGACUCCAUGGAGCUGAAAAAUGACACCAGAGUAAAAGAAUUUAUUUUCCUUGGCCUCACCCAGAAUCAAGACCUGAGUUUGGUCUUCUUUCUUUUCCUGUUCUUGGUGUAUAUGACAACUCUGCUGGGAAACCUCCUCAUCCUGGUGACAGUGACCUGUGAGUCUUGUCUUCACAUCCCCAUGUACUUCCUGCUCCGUAAUCUAUCGGUGGCCGACAUCUGCUUUUCCUCCAUCACAGCUCCCAAGGUUCUGGUGGACCUUCUGUCACACAGAAAGACCAUCUCCUUCAAUGGCUGCUUCACCCAGAUGUUUUUCUUCCACCUUGUUGGAGGGGUGGAUGUAUUUUCUUUGUCGGUGAUGGCAUUAGAUCGGUACGUGGCCAUCUCCAAGCCCCUGCACUAUGUGACCAUCAUGAGUAGGGGACGCUGCACUGCCCUCAUUGCAGCCUCCUGGGUGGGGGGCUUUGUCCACUCCAUUGUCCAGCUUUCCCUGCUGCUCCCACUCCCCUUCUGUGGACCCAAUGUUCUGGACACUUUCUACUGUGAUGUCCCCCAGGUCCUCAGCCUCGCCUGUACAGACACCUUUACCCUUGAACUCCUCAUGAUUUCCAACAACGGCUUGCUCACUACCCUGUGGUUCUUCUUCCUCCUGGUGUCCUACACAGUCAUCCUAAGGAUGCUGAGGUCUCAGGCAGGGGAGGGCAGGAGGAAAGCCAUCUCUACCUGCACAGCCCACGUCACUGUGGUGACCCUGCACUUUGUGCCCUGCAUCUAUGUCUACGCCCGGCCCUUCACUGCCCUCCCCAUGGAUAAGGCCAUUUCUGUCACCUUCACUAUCAUCUCCCCACUGCUGAACCCCUUGAUCUACACUCUGAGGAACCAGGAGAUGAAGUCAGCCAUGAGGAGACUGAAAAGAAGACUGGUGCUUUCUGAAAAAGUAGUAACAAAGAGGAAUGGCAUUUGA